GUCGUCGCUAAGUUUAGUCUGAGCUUAGAACUUGGCGCGACGUGUUGAUCAAAUCGCUGAAAUGUGCUAAAGCAACCAUCAAACCAGCCGAAUCGAAUAUAAAAAAAUUAAGUGUUAAGAGAGAAAUUCAGCAAGUGUAAAAAAAAACAAAAAAUGGCAAAGCCAAGGUCGUCGGGGGAUUCGACUGUAAAUGGAGGAGCAGAUCCGGAGCCCAAGCUUAACUAUUUCCAGAAACUAUGGCGUUAUCGGCAUUAUCUAGUCAUCGAGCCCUUCUUCUUUUUCUACUUCAUGGCUUCCGUUUUCAACGCGGUGGCCAUGCAGAAUUUCCCCUUGGACAAAGCCUGCCGUGUAAAUUUGGGAUACAACAAAGUGGUCUGUGACACGAUGUUGGAUAAAUCGGAACUGGGUAUCGAGUGCGAUGAUUUCGACUUUGAGAAUACCACUCAGGGCGCCACUCCGGAUCUAGCUGGCCUGGUGAUCGGAGCAACUGGUUUCAACUAUACGGUCUGCAAGGCGGAACUGGAGGCACAGAUCCUAGCGGCAGAUGUGUCCGGCAAACGUGCUCCGAUGGCUGCCAUUUUCCCCCUGAUUGUACUGCUUUUCGCUGGAGGAUGGGCGGAUCGAUACAACAAACGCAAGCCCUGUAUGAUAAUGCCAAUUAUCGGAGAAGCCUUAUCUUUUACAUGUCAGAUUAUAUCUUCAAUUUUCUUUGAUUCGCUGCCCAUGGAGUUCGGUGCUUACUGUGAAGCCAUCGUUCCGGCACUUUUUGGAGGAUUGACUUUCUGUCUGAUGGCAAUCUACAGUUACAUCACCAUAGCCACGCCAGAGGAGGAUCGUGUCUUCCGUUUUGGUAUCUUUGCUAUGUUUGUCACAGGAGUUCCGUUUAUAGGACAACCCAUUAGUGGACUACUUUUCACAACUUUGGGUUAUACAUGGUCCUUUGCCUCAGCUAUUGUUUUCCAAUUAAUAGCUAUAUUCUACAUUAUCUUCUUUAUAAAAGAGGUAAAAAGCACGCCCGCUGAUGAAACGAAUGGCACACCAACGAAUGAGCCACCUCCACUGCCCACCACUCUGCCUCCAAAACAGCAGGGUGCCGAUAAUAUGGCUUACGAGACGACCAAUGUGGAUGAACUGCAGGGAAAUAAGAAUGUUAAUUUCCAGCUGACUCCUCAAAUGGAGCCCAAAGUGGAGGUUGUGCCUCCAAAACGUUCUCUCUUAAAAGAACUCUUCGACCCCACUUUGGUGCUGGACUGCAUCCGAUUCCCGCUGAUUAAAAGACCCAACAAUGGAAGGAUGCUGUUGAUUCUCCUGCUGUGUGCCUACUUCCUGACCGUGGGUCCCACAUCCGGUGAGAACGACUAUUGGUAUCGGUUCACCCUGAAGAAGCUCGCCUGGAACGGCAACGACUUCAGUAUCUACCUGACCUUGUCCAGUGGCGCUGCACUGGUGGGCACCUUUAUUGGCACUGCUAUUCUGAGCAAGCUCCUCAAGGUUUCCGACUCGAUGAUUGGAAUGCUGUCUGCCUUGUCCAUUGUCUGCUCUCGAGUUCUUUUUGCUUUCUCCAAUAGCACUACCUCAUUUUACGUGGCGGGAGUGGUGGAUAUGUUUGUCAGUCUGAGAGUGAUAGCCAUCAAGACUAUCGGUUCUAGUAUUGUAGCUGGUGAUGAGCUGAGUAAAAUGUACUCCAUCUUUGGCAUAAGUGAGCCAAUAGCCCAAUUCAUCUUCCCGCCCAUCUUCAGUGAGAUUUACAAGAGCACAGUGGAUUCAUUCCCAGGAGCCAUUUGGCUUUUUGGCGAAAUCUUCUACAUUCCCAAUGUCUUGGUGUUUGUUGUGUGCUAUUUCCUUUUGCGACGUCGAAAGGCAAGUGAGGAAAAGAAUACCGAGGAGUUGGAGGCAAAUGGUGCCAAUCGUUCCAAUGUGCCCGAUAGCGAAAUAACUAGUCUGUAACGUAAUUAAUGCCAGUCCAUGUUAUAUAUUUUUUAUAUUUAUAAUAUAAAUUGUAUAUAUUUUGUA